AAAAAACUUCGCGAGAAGCAAGUAGGUCAACAUCGGACAAUUACUAGACGCAAUAUGAGCGACGACAAUUAACGUAUGAUUACGAUAUUUCACGAAGAAUCCGAAGAAUUCACACACGGUUUUUCCCUGUCGUAUCUUCGCAGAAAAAUUCGCGCGGAUAAAUGUUCACUUCAAGCGAUAUUUUGGCGAUUUACACGUUACAAGAGGAAAACUGAAUUGUUCGGCGCGUACGUUUAUUCAAUAUCGCACGUGGUGGAGGGGUCAGCUGAUCUUCUAUUGGUUCGUCAUGGAGUUAAGAGUGUGCACGCUCGCUUUGUACGCGGAUCCCGGUCGAUGCUGCUAAAAGCCGCGACGGAACCCGGAGCACUUAGUCGUAGGAGAACUGUCGGACGAGAAGCUACUGUGGACGUCACACGAUUUAGACGUAGCGCAAUCUAUUUUCGUCAGGUCGUUUGGUCAGCCGGUGUUCUUGGAAACCAGAUGCUGAGAAGUUGCAGCUGAAGAGGUUCUUGCAGGAAAAGAGAAAGAGAGAGAGAGAGACGGGAGAGGAAGAAGUUUCUAGAAACGUCAAGCAACAUAUUUUCUUUCUGCUGCUGAAACGCGUGUCGAUAGUCGGCUCGCUCUCAUCGGAAGAGGGUACAGAAGUGGCGGCAUAGGAAACAAAUCAGAGUAAGCAAUCGAGAUCCCGAUAGAGAAAGAGAGAGAGAGAGAGAGACAGAGGAGAGAACAGACACAAAACGGUGAGAGGCCGUAUCGCCAGUUACUAUGUAAAUUACCAGCGGGUUUUAUUUGGGCUGCGCGCGCGCACUGCCGUCUACGAGCAACGACACCGACAGCAGCGUCUCGACAACAACAAAGUCGUCAUCGUCAAUAGCCGCGGGUGGAAACACGGACGUCAGCGAAAGGUAUACAAUAGCGCGGAUAACCUCGCGAACGAGAGACCUGGGCUCUUUUCUCACCGAUUUCAAGGAAGCCCGCAAACUGGCUCCGGAAGUGAGGAUCAAGCAAAUUGGAAUGAGGGAGGAUCUGCUAUCUAUAAUACGGCACACGAGCAGCGACCACUUCUCGGAAGAGCUUUAGCCGGGAGAGCUUAACCAGGAAGUAGGUGUCGAAGAAGAAGCAUCAGCACACCCCCUCAGCAAGGCUGACACGAUAAUUCGCGGGUAGAAGUUUUAUUCGCGCGAUAGGGUAGAGGCGGCUCUUGCUCGUUGGCUUUUUUUCGAGCGUCCUUGUCCCGGGUUUCCUUUUGUUCCGACGAUCCUUCUGGGUCGCUUUUUUCAUUGACCUUGAUUUCGUCGUUAUCAAAAGAGAGUCGAGAGAGAGAUAGAAAGAUAAAGAGAAAAAACCGGGAGUAUAUACAUCCGGUUAUUCUCUGUUACACGGGAGGGUUAUGCCCUGGGUCGCGGCAUGUUUUGACCUGUUGGCAACUCCGUUGCUGGGUUACUGUCUAGCGGUCAGAAAACUAGCUCUGCAAGCCGGUGUUCUGCAGGAGAAAACGUCAAACGAUUCCGCCGGGAAGCAGACGUCCAAGUUACUGGUGAAUACCGCAACCGAAGCCGCAACCGACACCAUGGUUUCCAACGCAGAGGAACAAGAUCCCGGUAAAGAAAAGGUCGCGACAAGAAUCCCGGGAACGGCAAAAUCAUCGCGCAAAUUCGCAGGAGUCGUCAUAGCCACUUGUGGUUUACCGGCUCGUGGGAAAAGCCAAAUCGGGCAGAGCCUUGCUCGUAGACUCAAUUGGAAUGGCGUAACCACUAAAGUAUUCCGCGUGAGUGAUUACCGAAGAAAACGGCUCGAACCCCAUUCUAUUGAACUCUUCCGAUCGGAUAAUACGGUAAACAACGCGCUAAGGGCUCUCGCUCGGAGGGACGCCAUGCAGGAUUGCGCGGCAUGGCUAGCAUCUGGAAAUGAUGUCGCGCUCCUGGACGCUAUGCUGAUCACGCGAACGCAACGCGCGGAGGUUUACGACUACUUCUCCGGCCAGCUCGGUUAUCGCGUUCUUUUCAUCGAAUGCGUCUGCGACGAUCCGGAAAUCUUAGAGCAUAACAAACAGGAGAUCAUCAGACACAGCGCCGAUUAUGCCGGUGUGGAUGCCGCCCUCGCCGCGGAGGAUCUGCGCCUGAAGAUCGCCUUUUACUCCCGAUCCUACGAGUUCUUAGACGAGAAGAUCUAUCCCAAGAUCAGGAUCGACACCGCUACCAUGGACAUCGAGACUUGCAAAGUGUCGGGUCACAUCGAAACCAGAGUGCUCGGAUAUCUCGGAGACGUCAGCCUGAAAUCUCACACUCUUUACUUCUCGAGACACGGCGAAAGCGAAUACAAUGUGCUUGGUAAAGUUGGAGGCGACGCAGUAUUAAGCGCCAGAGGCGAGCGAUAUGCUCAAGCGUUGUCAAACAAGUUCAACUCAAUGCGCGUACCCGAUCUUCGAGUUCUCACUAGUCGUCUUCGCAGAACCAUCGCAACGGCGCGAGGCAUUGAAGCUCCUCAAGAACACGUAGCUGCUCUGAAUGAACUUCAUGCGGGAGUAUGCGAAGGCCUCUCUUACGAAGAGAUGCAAGAACAUUACCCGCAAGAAUUUGCUUGGCGCGAUCAAGAUAAGCUACGCUAUCGCUAUCCGUGGGGCGAGAGCUACAUAGACGCAAUGCACCGUGUCGAGCCGGUGAUUGCUGAACUGCAGCGAUCCAACAACGUGCUUGUUGUGUCGCAUCAGGCAGUUUUGCGUUGUAUCAUCGGAUUCUUUCUUGAUAAGAAACCCGAGGAGCUUCCAUACAUGGAGGUGCCGUUGCACACGAUAAUCUGUAUUACCAGCCAGGGCUACAAUUACAAACUUGAGUUCUUCAAGUUACCAAUUGAGUGUGUCAACACGACUCGCGUCAAACCGAAGAACUGCAGCGGCGAUCGUACCGCCGCGGACGCUUUGAUCACGGUUCCUGCUCACUUCGAUAUGCCGGAUCCUUGGAGAAACCCCGGCAACGGACCCACUCUUGUGCAGCAACAUUAAGAGAAAUGUCCUCAUUUCAAAAGUAGCGUAACAUACGUUUAAGAUGCAAGUUUGACAUUUGAAAAACAUCAGUACGAGAUCAUUUUCAAUUGAUAUACGAUUUUGUAUAUGACAUUAUAUAUGUAUAAAAUAUUUUCAAUUCUGUGCGGCUUUAAAAUAAGCACAGUUUAUAUGAUAUCGCUAUCAAAAUUUAAUUAUUUUCGGAGCAUGAUUCGUUUAUAAAGAGAAAUUAGAUAAUUAAGCAAUUAGUAUUUUUGUGGCAACUAAAGAGCCACAAUUUUUAUUUCACGUAGCGGCUUAAAACACGCGCCGAUUUUUAUCUAUUGGUAAUCAAUACGUGGAUAGUACAUAGAUAUAUUAUAGAAACCACUUGUUCUUUUAUUUGGAGAUUUUCUUUGCAAAGAAAUGUGCACAAAUUUUUUUUAACGCGAUUAUCUUUGACACUGAUCGUCGGCGAAGUUCUGUGUGUAUUUCGGAUCGACUUCGACGAUAGGUCUACGACACCGAUUGCUACACAAUACGCCUGUUUAACAGCCGGAAGCCUAUAGUUCGAGCCCUCUACGUAUCGCGAAACGUGAGAUAAUUUUAUCAGUAGUAGUUUUACAGGAUUGUUCAGUCACAGUAACUCUGGCAAUUCAACACACACAUAUGCGUCAUGAAUUAAUUAAGAUAUACUAUUACUCAUAUAAUGAUAAAAAAAAUAUACGUACACAUUUGUAUAUAGAACGGGUGGGAAUUUGAUUUUGAAUACUAUUUGUGAUAGGAAAUAAUAGCAUGCAGAUUGCUGUCUUACUGAGGCAAAAUACAAGAGAAAAUCGUAUUUUCGUAUUUUAGGCAUUUUCCGAAGUUUUUCUUUUUCAAGCUAUGUUAGAAAAAACUUAUUCCGUAACUGUGAUUGUUUUUAUCAAAUAUAUGAUCUCUUACAAUUA